AUGGUUGGGUUAAUUAAAGCAGCUAAGAUGGGUAGUGGAAGUUCACCUUGUGCAUCAUGCAAGCUAUUACGGCGUCGUUGCGUCAUGGACUGCAUAUUUGCUCCUUACUUUCCUCCUGAUGAUCCUCAAAGAUUUGCACUUGUUCAUAAACUCUUUGGUGCUAGCAAUGUCAGCAAAUUGUUGCAGGAGCUUCCAGUAAAUAAGAGAGGAGAUGCAGUGAGCAGUUUAGUGUUUGAAGCAAAUACAAGGAUAAGAGAUCCAGUAUAUGGAUGUGUAGGUGCAAUUUCUUUGUUGCAAAAUCAAGUUUCACGGCUACAAAUGCAGUUAGAACAAGCACAAGCAGAAUUAAUGAGUAUUCAAAUGCAGCAACAUCUUCAAAAUGAGAUAUCAGAUGAUAAAUCUCUUGUUUUAGCAGCUACUAUUAAUCUUCACCAAUAUCUCAAUGAUUUUGCUGCUUCAACUGCCAAUCUAAUCAUUCAGGAUCCUCUCAAAACUGAGUCUCUUUGGACGUAA